AUGCCUGAGACUAUUGUUGUAUUGUUUGAUAAUGGAAUGGCUUCUCAGAAUCAAGAUUAUCUCCCAAGUAGACUUAUAGUACAGAAGGAAACCGUGGAGUCUUUGAUAUCAAGAAAGUUUGAAGACAACCAGGAAAACACAAUAGGAAUAAUUCCUUUGGUGCAAACACAAUCUAAUGAUAUAAUCACACCUACAAAGCAAAGGCCUUACAUAAAGACUUUUCUUAACGAGAUAAAGCUGAGCAGAAAUGUAGAUAUUAUGGGAUGUCUUUCUCAGUCUCUCCACAUCUUCAAUCAAAAAGAUUCUCCAGGAUGUAUGCUAGUGAUUUUUCUUGGUUCUGAACCUCCGGAAACAGAAAAAGAUGAGCUAUUUGCAAGACUAUACCAACUUCUAACAUUCGGGAUCAUGAUAAAGAUGGUCUUCUUUGGUGAGGCAAUCGAGAUGGCGGAAGCCUACAAAAAGAUCGACUUCACAAACUUUUCAUGUAUAGAGGUCAAACCCAGUGAGGAGUUUGCCGACCGAGUCUUAUCGUUUAUAAAUGGGGAUGAACACCUUGAAGAAGACGAUCCAGAAUUAGCAGAGGCAAUUAGGCUGUCUCUUGAGGAGCAAAAGAAACAACAAAAAUAA